GUGGCUUUGGGGUACCCCCCCAAAGGCAGGGGCAUGAGAGGCAGGAGCCCUGGUGCAGAGGAUUCUGGGAGCGGCAUGAAAGCAAAGGAUUCUGGGAGAUGAGGGUGAACACAAAGGAUUCUGGGAGACUGGCACAGGUGCAAAGGAUUCUGGGAAAUGCGUGGGCUCCAAGGAUUGUGGGAGACGCCUGGGUGCAAAGGAUUCUGGGAAAUGCAUGGGCUCCAAGGAUUGUGGGAGACGCCUGGGUGCAAAGGUUUCUGGGAGAGGUGUGGACACAAAGGAUUCUGGGAGACUGGCACAUGUGCCAAGGAUUCUGGGAGAGGGAGAGACACAGGAUGAUGGGAGACGCAAGGGUGCAAAGGAUUGUGGGAGGCUGCUGUGAGCAGAGGAUUCUGGGAGACAGCGUGGAGGGGGACCCGCCGGGCAGCGAGGCGGGGCCGACGGUGGACAGCCCGGGCAGCCAGGCGCCCUACCGCUGCGGGGCCGAGCUGGCCAAGGCCGGGGAACCCUACGACCGGGGCCCCCUGACCGCCACCGUCUCCGCCUGCCACCCCCCGGCCCCCGGGCUGCCCUGGGCCCAGCGGGCGCGGCUGCAGCCGGCCAGCGUGGCGCUGCGCAAGCAGGAGGAGGAGGAGAACAAGCGCUCGAAGGCCCUGUCGGACAGCUAUGAGCUCUCCACCGACCUCCAGGACAAGAAGGUGGAGAUGCUGGAGCGGAAGUACGGGGGCUCGUUCCUGAGCCGGCGGGCGGCCCGCACCAUCCAGACGGCCUUUCGCCAGUACCGCAUGCAGAAGAACUUCCAGCGGCUGCGGAGCUCGGCCUCGGAGAGCCGCAUGUCGCGCCGCAUCGUGCUGUCCAACAUGCGCAUGCAGUUCUCCUUCGAGGAGUUCGACAAGGGGCCGGCCGCCGCCCCCUACUUCGAGGGCAAGCCGGCCUCCCUGGACGAGGGCACCAUGGCCAGCGCCCGCCCCCACCUGCUGGAGCGCGGGGGGCUGCCCUACGGGGGCUCCUGCCGGGCCGGCCUGGAGAGCGGCUCGCUCCACGCCUCCUCCGGCGACUUCUGCAGCGAGAUCACCGAGCUGGAGGACUCCUUCGCCAAGCAGGUGAAGUCCCUGGCGGAGUCGAUCGACGAGGCCCUGAACUGCCACCCGCUGCCGGCGCCGGAGGGGGGGGGGCCCGGCCCGCUGGAGAAGAGCGAGUCGAAGGAGCAGCAGGGGGACAGCGCGGCCACCUCCUUCAGCGACGUCACCCUGUACCUGGACGAGGGGGUGCCGGCCUCCCCCCUCUCCCUGGAGCGGCCCCCCAGCUCGGAGCCCCCCGAGCCCGCCCCCCCGGCGGCCCAGCCCCGGCCCGAGUUCUGGGGGGCCCCGCAGCGGGAGGACAGCCGGGAGAACGGGGCCGGCCGGCGCGGGACCCCCUGCCUGGAGUGCCGGGACUUCCGCCUGCGGGGGGCCCACCUGCCCCUGCUCACCAUCGAGCCCCCCAGCGACAGCUCGGUGGACCUGAGCGACCGCUCCGAGCGCAGCUCCGUGCACCGGGGCCUGGCCUACGAGCCGGACGGCUGCGGGGCCCCCAAGCACCCGCCGGCCCCCCCGCCCCCCGCCCCCUCCCCCCACCCCCUGCGCCACUACCGCCCCGAGCCCGCCCCGCCCCCGCCCCCGCCGCCCGGACGCCUGGCUCCCGAGCACUCGGACGGCGACAACGACAGCCUGCAGAGCAGCACCAACUCCACCGAGACCGUCAACUGCAGCUCGGGGUCCUCCUCCCGGGACAGCCUGCGGGGCCCCCCGCCCCCGCCCCCCCCGGCGCCCCCGCCCGCCGGCCCCGGCCCGGGCCUGUGCAAGCAGACGUACCAGCGGGAGACCCGCCACAGCUGGGACUCGCCCGCCUUCAACCACGACCUGCUGCAGCGGCGCCAGUACCGCAUCGGGCUCAACCUCUUCAACAAGAAGCCGGAGAAGGGGAUCCAAUACCUCAUUGAGAGAGGGUUCCUCUCGGACACGCCAGUCGGGGUCGCUCACUUCAUCCUGGAGCGCAAGGGCCUGAGCCGGCAGAUGAUUGGCGAGUUUCUCGGCAACCGGCAGAAGCAGUUCAACCGCGACGUUCUCGACUGCGUGGUGGAUGAGAUGGAUUUCUCCAACAUGGACCUGGACGACGCGCUGCGGAAGUUCCAGUCACACAUCCGGGUGCAGGGGGAAGCACAGAAAGUCGAGCGUCUCAUCGAAGCCUUCAGCCAGCGCUACUGUGUCUGCAACGCCCCGCUUGUGCGCCAGUUCCGGAACCCGGACACCAUCUUCAUCCUGGCCUUCGCCAUCAUCCUCCUCAACACGGACAUGUACAGCCCCAGCGUCAAGCCCGAGAGGAAGAUGAAGCUGGACGACUUCAUCAAGAACCUCAGAGGGGUGGAUAACGGGCAGGACAUCCCCCGCGACCUCCUGGUGGGGAUCUACCAGCGCAUCCAGGGCCGCGAGCUGCGAACGAACGACGACCACGUCUCCCAGGUCCAGACCGUCGAGCGCAUGAUCGUGGGGAAGAAGCCGGUGCUGUCCCUGCCCCACCGUCGCCUGGUCUGCUGCUGCCAGCUCUACGAGGUGCCCGACCCCAACCGGCCCCAGCGGCUCGGCCUGCACCAGAGAGAGGUCUUCCUCUUCAACGACCUGCUGGUGGUGACGAAGAUCUUCCAGAAGAAGAAGAUCAUGGUGACGUACAACUUCCGCCAGAGCUUCCCCCUGGUGGAAAUGCACAUGCAGCUGUUCCAGAACUCCUAUUACCAGUUCGGGAUCAAGCUCCUGUCGGCCGUGCCGGGCGGGGAGCGGAAGGUGCUGAUCGUCUUCAACGCCCCCAGCCUGCAGGACCGGCUCCGCUUCACCAGCGACCUGCGGGAGUCCAUCGCCGAGGUGCAGGAGAUGGAGAAAUACCGCGUGGAGUCGGAGCUGGAGAAGCAGAAGGGGGUGAUGCGCCCCAGCGCCUCGCCGGCGGGGGGCCCGAAGGAGGCGGUGAACGGGACGCUGACGCGGAGCAGCCUGGAGGACACCUACGGGCUGGGCGAUGGGCUGAAGCGAAGCGCCCUGAGCAGCUCCCUGCGCGACCUCUCCGACGCCGGCAAGCGGGGCCGUCGUAACAGCGUGGGAUCCCUGGACAGCACCAUCGAAGGGUCUAUCAUUAGCAGCCCCCGCCCCCACCAGCGCAUGCCCCCGCCCCCCCCGCUGGAGGAGUACAAGGCUCAGCCCCGCCCCAUCUCCAACUCCUCCUCCUUCCUGGGCUCCCUCUUCGGCAGCAGGCGGGGCCGGGUCCCCUUCCCGCUGCCCCCCGGCCAGGCCUCGGCCCCCUCCGCCCACCCCCCGUACCCGCUGCCCCUGUCCCCCGAUGGCCCCUCCAAACUGCAGGCCCUCCACGCCCAGUACUGCCACGUGGCCCCGCCCCCCUACCCCCAGCAGCCCCCGCCCCCCCAGCAGCCGGCUCCGCCGCCCCCGCUGCCCCCCGUGGCUGCCGCCCCGCCCCCCCGCUUCCACAUGUCCUCCCAGCCCCCGCUCUCGGCACCCCCCCAGAAGCAGACGCCGCCGGCCUUCCCCCUGGUGCACCAGCAUUACACCCUCCAGCGGCCCGGGCACCAGAGGCGGCUGCACCAGGUGCCCCCCUCCGCCGCCCCCCAAACCCACCCCCCCUUCCCCCUCCACGGCCGCCAGCCCACCUCGCCUCUCCCCCUCUACAGCCCCGCCCCCCAGCCCUCCCACACCUACCCCCAGCACCUGCCCCAGGGGGGCGGGGGGCAGCACACCCUCCACCGCCAGCCCCCCAAGCACUUUGUUUUCAGCCACCACCCCCAGCUGGGGCAGCGCGGGGGGGGCGCCCCACCGCCAGCCCCCCACCACGGCCCCGCCCACCACCACCACGGCCCCACCCCCCACUCGCCCAUCCCCCCGCACCCGUCCUACCCGCCCCUGCCCCCGCCGUCGCCCCACACCCCGCUCAGCCCACACUCCCCCGGGGCCCCCACCUCCCCGCUCCCCCAGCAUGCCCCCCUGCACCCGGGAGGGCCCCAGGUUCUGCCGGGACAGGGCAACCCGAAUCCGAAAUCCAAGCCAGUCAAUAGAAUUAGCACCGUGGUCUGAGCCGUGCCGGGGGGGUGGGUCACUACAGAUACGGAAAUCCAGACCGAGGGGAGCCCCAAUCCCUACCAGUCACACACCCCCCCCAACUUCUGAGGCCCGGCGAGGGAGGAGAGAACCAAUCACGGCAGAGAACGGCCCCAGCUUGUGACAGCGAUGGACGGAAGAAACCCGGAAGAUUUGGGGGGGGGCAGGGACUGUGUCUGGGGGGGCCCAGCCUUUUAAACAGGGGGGGAAGCCUGGGGCAGCGGACACCCUUUCCCUGCCCUGUUCCCCCCUCCCCCCCGGGCUACAGAGAAUUCUGGGAAUUCCCCCCCCCCCGCACAACUCCAGGUGGCCCGCUGCGGGGGUGGGGGGAUCCCCUUUUCAUUUGCACAUGGCUUGUGAGUUGCUGCUGCUUGGCCUGUUUUUUUUUGGGGGGGGGAAUCCCUGGGAUAUUGGGGGGCCAGAUCUGGGGGGGCAUCCCCCCCGGUCUCACCCGUGUCUGUAAUAAGGGCUACUCCCGGCGGGAGCUGUUUUCCUUCCCCCAAACUCCUAUUCUGCGAUUUGCACUGACAGAGAACCCCUCCCUCCCUCCCCCGCCAGGUCCCCCCAAAGCCGGCCCACUCCCCGGUGCCAAAAGGGAUCCCACGGGGGGAAACCCCGUGAAACUCCAAUAGCCCCCCCCUUCUCUGGGAAUAAUUCACGGGCCCCAGGGCUGUUUGUUUUGGGGGGGAGCCCUGUAUGGAAACAGUCCCUGCGUUUCAUUAUGUGCGGCUGUUCCCCAGCCGCCCUGCCCCAGAGGUGGCUGCAUCUCUGCCCCAAGUGAAUCUUGUGCACUUUAUUCCCCCCCCCUCGCAAAUACAAUCUUUCCCUCCCCCCACUUGAAUAUCACCCUGUCCACCUGUUUCUGAUCAGCGUUCCCUGCCCCCCAGCUCUGGGAGGAGACGGGGGGCUGGGAGCCAGGACUCCUGGGUUCUCUCCCCGGCUCAGGGAGGGGGCGGUCUGGGGGGUAGAGCAGAGAGAAAUUGAGGCAGAACUCCAGAGUCCUCACUCCCCCCCCCCGCUCUAAUCACCAGACCCCCCCCCCCUGCUUCCCAUAUCUGGGGCGGGAACCCAGGAGUCCUGAACUAAAGGAUUUCCGAAGCCCCUCCGCCAACGCUGUCCCCUUUGCCCCUCCACCUCAGGGCUGUGCUCCCCAGUUUCUUUUGGGGUCCCCCCAAUGUCUGGUUGCCCCCCCAGCAUGCACCUCCCCGACCCCGGUACCUGCGUCGAAUUGGAUUGCUGUACAGACCCCACUGUAUAUAGUAUACAUUAUAAAUAGCGGGCCAGGGAGCGGGGCCCCCCCCGUGCACCCCACAGGCCGGGCCCCCCCCAGCGUUCCUGGCUCGACGUUGCCGAGAUGACUGUAUUUUUGUCGUCCCCACCCCCCCGGUCCUCCUCCUUGUAUAUAAGAAACUGUAUAUUUGAUGCUUCAUAAAUGACCCACUGUCC